AUGCCGGGGCUGGCGGCCGAGGGGGAGGCCGAGGGCUGGAGCCCGUCCCCGCCACUGUACGAGGAGUACCGGCCGCCGCCCCUGGACAGCAUCCGCCUGCCCAGGUACGUGCUGUACCUGCUGCUGGCCACGCUGGUGGUGGUGGCCGUCGCCUACGCCAUCGUUGGGCACCUGAUCAAAGACCUCGCCCACGACCUGGCCGACUGGGUGUUUGGCCCGAAGCCAGACCAGGAGGCAGCACCCCGGGAGCUGCGCCCCAGCCUGACCGGCGAGGACUUGGAGGGGCUGGACCUGCAGCUGGCCCUGGCCUGGCAGGGCGAGGAGGAAGCUGGCGGGGGUGGCGAGGGAGCCCCCUCUGAACCCCCGCCUCCUCCGGAGCCCCGACGCCCCUCCAUUGCCUUCAAGGACCCCCCAUCCCGAAGCUCCUUCUGGAAUCUGAUGUGAACUUGAAUCCUGAAUCCGGGUUCCAGACGCUUUGGCGGUCAUGUAGACAGAACUUAUGCGCGCCGGAGCCCU